AUGGAGUCGUCGUCGCUGAAGUACACUCGAGAAACGGGCUCGCCCCUUCAUCCACUAUCACCGCGUCGCAUCAACCAGCAGACAAUGAACAGAGCAUCCCCAGUGUCUUCGGAUCUAGCGUAUCUGCAAUCCAAAUCGGACAAGCACUCUGUCGAUGUCCAGUCUAAAGUUGCGUUUCUCAACAAACUUGCGAGCCCCAGCAGCCCCGCGCCGCUGCCAUUGUCAUCGACCACACAUGCCGCUUUGCAAAGAGCGAUAUUGGGCCGCGAGGAAGCCGAAGAAGCAUUGAAAGCAACAACUGAGGAGUUGAACGAGGCAAGGCAACGGGAAAGACGAGUGAGUGAACGACUCGAGUCAUUACUCGAGGAGCUACACACCUUCAAAGAACGACAGUCACAAGAGCGAACACUGUUCGAAAAAGAGAUACGGCGUGCCAGGAAGGAAGCGUUUCGUGCCGGCUCCAAUUUGGUCAAGGCACAAGAGGAAUUGAAGUCCUCCCGAGGAGAGAUCAAGAACCUCAAGGAUGAGGUCAAGGCUGAACGAGAAGCCAAGGACAAAGCUAGACAAGAGGCAUUUGAACGCGCGUAUGCUUUGGCAGGUUUGACAGAGGAAAAUGAAGUGCUAAAGGAACAGAUCAAGGCCUUCGAGACGGAUAACCAGUCAGAUAUUCUCGAGGCGCAAGCGGAAAUGAUGCGAGGAGAAACACCAAGAAGCAGAGUCCAGAGGUCAAGCAUAAAUCUCAUGUCAGGAAGCCCGGCGUUGAGAGGGAAAAAGCGUGGUCAGCCUGAUUCAAGGGACCAAAUGUCACCAGUCCGGAAAAAGAGCGCCCAACACCAACCUGACUUCCGGUCUAGCUUGACAUCACCCACAAAAUUAACGCCUGGCCACGACAUGGUACCAGUUGAGCAGGAGGAUGAGCCUUUGAAGCUAAUUGAUAACGAAAGAGAAAUAAUACUAGAGCUUGAGGAGGAUCUACGUUGGGAGAAGCUAAUGCGAAGACGGGCAGAGGAUAUGAUUGACUUCUUGAAGCUGGAAUGUCAAUUUAAAAGGUGCUCUUGCAGGAUUGCGGAACGACAAGGGGUUAAAUAUGUGCACGACUUGGGUUGGGAAAAGAUAAGUCCUGCUGAGAAUCAACAGAAAAAGGCAGUUGCAAAUAUACCCAGUCCAUCGCCUGCCAGGAAGCCGUCGCCGCAGUUACAGAUAGCUCAACGAUCUCCCACUCCAGAGGAUGAUAACGUUGACUGUCCUGAACCUGACCCAGCAAGCGAUGGUUCCCCCGUUGAACCUGAUGUUGUCUUCUGUCCAGAUACCGGGACUUUCAAAACAGUUCCGUCCCCAGUACGCAAAGCAGAGACAAUGCGACGUGAACAGCCAAAUAAUCGUCCUCCAGUAAAUCAUGCAGAUCCACCUCCGAAUCUAAGGCGAUCGCUUCGUGACGAACCCAUUCCGGCUCCAAACCUGGGAGAACCAAAGAAGAGAAAUCAAGAGCCACCAUCAGUUGCGGCAUUAGAGACCUCUCAUAAUCAACCUCCAUCUUCACGAUCGCGUAUCCAAGAGCAGCCUGCUGAUACAAACCCUCGGAAACGCUACGUGACGCCUCUCCCCUUGGAACAACGCCAGCGUCAAAACAAUACCACAGCUGAGGUUGAAACAAUUACAACCACAAAGACGGUCCCGCUCAAUUCCGAAAAACCGUCAACCGAUUUAUCUGCAAAACUUCCCGGUACUCCCAUUAGUCGUGAAGAGGCCCUGGCUCAGAUUCGAGCACGACGUGGCCGUACACAAAGCGCCCUUAAACGGUCUGCCAGCGCAAACGAUGCGAGCCAUCGUCCCCGUGUCGUCAGUGGAGCCUCAACGCCCAGCAAUGGAGUAAGAAGCCUAUCAAGAGCUGAAGGUACGGUCAACCGUGCCAAACCUGGCCGCCGUGGGCUUUCUGCUGCCGGCCAUGGAUACUAG